AUGAAACUUCACACAUUUUUAGCAAGCUCCCUCGUGUUUGCAGGCUCAGCGCUCGGUCAGACAUCGAAGCGAUACUGCGAUGCAGCCAGCUCGAUAUGCUACUCAGGGUGGACAGGCGGCAAUGGCGUUACAAUUGGCAUUGCUCUGCCUGACAAAAGCUCCCCGAACUUUGAUACCGUGCUUCAGAUUGUUUCGCCAGUCGCUAAUGGAUGGGUUGGGUUCUCGUGGGGCGGGACAAUGCCAUAUGUUCCACUCACCAUUGGGUGGGUCAACAAGGCUGCAAAUACAGUGAUUUAUUCCUCACGGAUGGCAUUUGGACUCAGUAUGCCGCAAGCGUAUACUGGUGCAGAGUACACAUACCUGAAGGGGACUGGUUACAAUGACACACAUUGGACAUUGAACGUGCGGUGUCGAGGCUGUUCUCAAUGGGAAGAUACAGAGGGCAAGAUAGUCUCGUUGGAUUCCAGCAGUGCAGCAUCACCCUUUGCGCACGGCCUAUCGAACAAGGCACCUAUUCAGCCCGCGAAGAAUACUUCAGUAUUCAACGUACACUCUUCGUUCGGUCACUGGUCACUGGACCUCACUCAAGGCAAGAACGUGGACUUCGACAAACUCGUCGCAGCGAAUCUGAUUCCGGACGCGCCGCCAGCCACUACAAGUACCCCAGCUCCCACCUCGUCUAUCAGCGCGAGCCCGAGUACACUUAGCACGAGUGUAUUUCCUUCAUCUUCACCAGGUCCCGUCCAGACCGGGAUUCCGAGCUCAUGCGCUGGAGUUUCGACCUUUCGUUCCCCGGUGUUGACCGCUAACGGAUGGAAGGCUGUCAAAGUCGCCGGAAACUUGGUGCAGCCUAGGGGUUUAAUUUUCGACACUGCCGGUCGUCUAUUGGUAAUUCAGAACGGAUUGGGUAUCACUGCGCAUACGGUUGGGAAUGACGGCUGUUUUAUUGUUGAAAAAACUGUCCUUGCCCAGCGAAAUCUUAAUCACGGCAUCGUGCUUAGCCAAGACGGCAAAACGCUGUAUGCAAGCUCAGCCACUCAAGUAUAUGCUUGGGAUUACGACGCCGCGACAAGCAGUGUGGGGAAUUCGUCACGCAUCGUGAUCUCCGGAAUGGACAACAAGGGACAUGUGACGCGGACGUUGGCAUUCCCACCCAAGCAUCCGAACUUGCUCGUUGUCUCCCACGGGUCAAACGACAACUUUGACUAUGAUGCAGGCAAUGUCAAAGUUGGUCGAUCUUGCAUCAAGGCUUUCGAUAUAACCUUGACACCUACUGAUGGCUAUAACUAUCCUACUGGAGGAUAUCAAUUGGGGUACGGACUGCGAAAUGGCGUGGGGAUGGCCUUUGAUGCUGAUGGGGGGCUAUGGGAAGUCGAAAACGCAUCCGAUGAGAUCCUCCGGACAGUGGAUGGCGCAAGCGUCGAUAUUCAUGCUGAUAACCCAGCUGACGAGAUCAACUACAUCGGUGACCCAUCGAAAGAGAACACUCAGUGGUACGGCUACCCUACCUGCUACACAGUCUGGGCACCAGACCUUAUCACGGACCACAAGUUUGCCAUCGGCGACCAAUUCGUCCUCACGCCCAACGCGACCUUCGCAGAUGCAACAUGCAACACCAAGAGUGUGCCUGCAAAACUCGCUAUACAAGCGCAUUCUGCACCCUUAGACGCUGUCUUCGACAAGAAUUUCACGCAUUUGUAUGUCAGCUUCCAUGGAUCGUGGAAUCGUAACCCGCCAACUGGAUUCAAAGUAGUCCAAGUACCAUUUGUUAAAGGCCCAAACGGGUUCGUGCCGCAGAGUAUUAUUGCGCAGAGUAAUGUUACGGGCUAUACGGACAUCUUGUGGAAUCCGGAGGUCGAGCAUUGCUCAACGACGCAGUGCUUCAGGCCCGUGUCAAUUGCAAAGGAUCGGUUUGAGCGCAUGUAUGUUACGAGUGACAGCGGAACAGAAGGCGAGCUAUUGCUGCUAGGCAGAGCGUAG